AUGGGCGACCUCGCGUCUUUUCCGGAUCAGCAAAAUCCCAUCAAGAAAUUCAAAUUGUCGGUACCUCUAGAUAAGUUCCCAUCCCACAUAUUCGACCAUGCAGCGACCCUUGAACAUCUCGACCUCUCUGGCACUGGCAUCUCCAGCUUGCCGGACGAUUUCGGCAAAUUCAAAGAGCUGAAGAUAGCAUUCUUUUCGAACUGCAACUUCGCAAUCUUCCCGAGGCAACUAGCCUCGUGUCCGAAACUCGAAAUGGUUGCCUUUCGUUCCAAUAGCAUGAGAGAAAUUCCAGAAGACGCUCUGCCGUUACGCCUUCGUUGGCUCAUCUUGACCAACAAUGUGAUCGAACAGCUGCCGAAAACCAUUGGCAAUUGUUCACGCCUCCAAAAGUGCAUGCUCUCUGGCAACCAGAUUCGUACAAUCCCCACGGAAAUGUCAUCUUGCCAGAAAUUGGGUCUUCUCCGACUAUCGGCAAAUCGCAUCGAGGACCUCCCUCAUUGGUUAUUUGAAAUGCCCGAACUGGCUUUUCUGAGUUUCGCCGGCAAUCCAUGCUCAUCUGCAGCCGCUCAUAAGGUCGGUGCAGCCUCAGCCCUUCCGAGCGUAUGCUGGACGGACAUCGAAGUGCAAGAGCUCCUGGGCGAAGGCGCCUCGGGCGUAAUAUCCCAGGGCCAAUGGAAAACUGCCGGUGGGUUUCAACAAGUUGCUGUCAAGCUUUUCAAGGGGGAUGUUACCAGUGAUGGUACGCCGCUGGACGAAAUGAGUGCUUGUAUUCAUGCUGGCUCGCACGACAAUCUUAUUGACCCUCUUGGGGAGAUCCAAAGUCAUCCCAAUAAGAAGGGUCUUGUGAUGCAGCUUAUCCCACCAUCAUAUAUCACGCUAGGUCUGCCUCCGUCUCUCGAAAGCUGCACGCGCGACUGCUUCCCCGUUACGACGAAAUUGAGCGCGUCCCAAGGACUGAGGUUACUACAAGGCAUUGCCUCAGCUGCCGCUCAUCUCCAUGCUCGAGGGAUUGCUCACGGAGAUUUGUAUGCUCAUAAUAUUCUGUAUGAUGCGGAAGGUCACGCGCUGUUGGGCGAUUUCGGAGCUGCGUCUAUAUAUGAGAAUCAUCACGGUAUCGAAAAGCUCGAGGUCCUUGCAUUUGCUCAUCUCAUUGAGGAUGUGCAGAACCUCAUUUUUUCCAAAGCACUAGACAGUCAAUCACCGCUUGUGAAUUCUGCAGCGGAGGCCCUAGCUGGCUUGCGCAAAGCUUGUGGUGCUUCAAACGUUGACGAGCGUCCAUCCUUUGCUUAUAUUGGUAAAAGUCUGGCCGAUUUUCUUCGGUCGAACGACGACUGUAGGACCACCAGUUACGAUGGAUAUGACCUUGCUUGA